CAUCGACAUCCUCAAGACUAGACUAACAUUCAACCGGUCAAUCUCUAGCAAUGGCCCAACGUGUCACUCUCAGGAAACGCCAGCCCUACAACACCACUUCCAAUCGCAGACGUGUGGUCAAGACACCCGGAGGAAAGCUUGUCUACCACCAUCUCAAAAAACUCGCAACCGCACCCAAGUGCGGUGACUGUGGUGUUGGCCUCCCUGGUAUCCCCGCCCUCCGCCCACGUCAAUACGCCACCAUCUCCAAGCGUCAGAAGACCGUGCAGCGUGCGUAUGGCGGUUCGAGGUGCGGGUCUUGCGUCAAGUCACGCAUUCUGAGGGCGUUCCUAGUCGAAGAGGCAAAGAUCGUGAAGAAGGUGAUCAAGUCGCAACAGAAGACCGCCACUGCACGGAAGUAGAUAUCUUGGUUAGGGCCCGAUUAUGAUGCUUUUUUACGUCCAUGCGCAUGUAUUCCGACACUCAAAACAAUGACUGAGGAGGUCAAUAUGCCACUCGG